CUGAUCCUGACGUCUGAGACUGACAGUUGAGCCGAGGCGGUUUUAGGUUGUUUGUUCGCCGUUUGAUAUUGCCGAAAAUUGUGUUUUAAUAAAAUCGAUAAUGGAAGCAAAAAAUGAAGACAAUGUUGCUGCGGACAAAACAAUCUUUGACGCUAUUGCACAAAAUGAUUUGCCAGAAUUUAAGAAUUUUUUAGCACAACACAAAGGGAAUGUCGAUUUCUUCGACGAAAAUGGUAUGACUGCCCUCCAGCACGCCGCCUAUAAAGGCAACAAGGAUAUGGUCCAACUGCUACUUGAUAGGGGUGCUGAUGUCAAUUCUGGAAAACAUGAAUACAAUUACACUGCCUUACACUUUGGAGCCCUGUCUGGUAGCUCAGAAGUUUGUAAACUCCUAUUGGAAGCUGGAGCCAAGCCUACCACUACUAAUUCUGUGGGACGUACUGCCUCUCAAAUGGCUGCUUUUGUUGGUAAUCACCAUACUGUUGCAACAAUCAACAACUUUAUUCCUCGCAGUGAAAUUGCUUAUUACUCUGUGCCUCAAGGACAACAAGCUGAACCCUAUUUACUGCCCAUCUUAGUUGAUCCUCUCCACAAGUUUGUGUUGGGUGUAAACAUUCACCCGGUGCGGUUGGCACUCAAUCUGCAGCACACUCCGGCCCUUCUAGACAAUGCUGACAAAGUGAGCCAAGUGUUAGAGAUGAUGUGUAAAAGAGAGAUGACCCGCGGCAGCGAUACCAAUGAAGUGAUGGCAUUCAAAUAUCACUACCUCUCUUACAUCCUUAAAGAAAUACACAAUAUCAGAGACAAACAAAAACCUAAUGCAGAAAAAGAGGAAAAGAAGCAUGAUAUAGUGGAAAUAUUUUCUAAAAAAUUAUUGAAACCUGGCAAGGAUGGUGUGUCUUUAGAUUUAAUGGACUCAUUCCUGAAAGAUUGUGUACGGGAGUUCCCUUAUAGAGAAUGCACCACAUUCCACCAGAUGGUGUCAUCAUUGACGAGCAAAGAUCCUCCCCCGGCUUUAUCGGUUAUCAACUGCACUAUUAAUGGGCAGAGAGGGUUUGUUGACGCCAUUCCGUAUUGUAGUACGUGCGGGGAAGAAAAACCUGCAAAGAAAUGUUCCAAAUGCAAGUCCGUGCAGUAUUGUGACCGCGAGUGCCAGAGACUGCACUGGUUUGUCCAUAAGAAGGCCUGCAAUAGGGAGUCAAGUGUUCCAGCACCAACAGCCAAUGCUAAAGUGAACAUUGACGCAAAUGAGCUGAGUGCGGAACUCCAAAACCUUGUUAGUUCAUAGGACCAUAGGAAUGUAAUCAAAUAUUUAUGUAUUGAAUGUGUAGUUAAGUAAUUUGUCUUUGUUAUUUUAUUAUGAAUUAAUAUAAAUGUAUGUAUCAUUGUACA